AUGAAUGGAAAAGAUGGCAGAAGCUUAGACAAAGUAUUCAGUGAGCUUAUACAUGAGGCAAAUCGUUGGGCUUGUGAUCGUAGUGAAAGUACAACGCCGAAGGCGAUGCCCCAAGUGAACGGACGUCUAGAGGAUAAAGACGACACCAAUAUCGAUGUGUGCCUCGAGCAGUUGGCUCGAGCAAUAUCUGCCCAUGUAACGGAUAUCCUUAUGGAGCGGUUAGGACUGGAAGAAAGAAACGAACAGAAGGUGGAAGUAGCGCCAACAAUGGAUUUAAGUACAGUAUCUACGAUAGCACAGCCACCGUACCAUGAACGACCGCAGCAUUUGGGAUUAAAGCCAACCACGUCACGUUCCGUGCCCAACACUGUACGAUCCUUGCCACAAAGUCCUAAUCCUACUCGAAAAAUCACCCAAAUGUCUCGACGAGAUAAUCAUUUCAGUGAGUUUGCAACACUUAGAACUUCACUUUUAUAGAU